GAUGCGUGUUGAUCUUCCCCCUGUUUGCCAGUCUUUUCCCCGUGCUGUGACAGCGCUUUGCUGUGCAUGUGUGGGAUUGAUUAUCACCGAAAUGUGAAAGAAGAUAUUAAAAUAUUGCCGCGAUGCGGGGACACCAUGCAUGUGUUUCUCAAGGGGAGGAUGUGAUACGCAAGAUGUUACUGAGGGGCUCAGCAGUAAACUAAGAAGUUACACAGUGGCUCCCCCAUCUGGCCACUGGUACACCAGAGCAUCGUGGACAUCAAUCUGAGCCACAACACGGAAUGACAUGUCUCACGUCACUACAAGAAGCUGAGGGUUAAGUGGGAGGCUGAAUUCACAAGACUUCCUGAGUUACAUUCUAUGGAGGUCAAAGGUCGCCUGAUCACUGCCAUGGGCUUAGGGGGUCCAGAUGUCCAGGGCUGUCAGGACAGCAAGCUGCAAGGAGAGCGUGUCUCUGAGCUGCAGGAACGAAAGCAGAGUCUGCAGAGUCUUCUAAACAGUCGCCUCGGGGAACUUCGACAAGUGUGUCUUCAAGAGGCGGAGCUCACAGGAAAGCUGCCGCGUGAUUUUCCUUUAGAAGCAGGGGAAAGACCUCCCUUUGUUCAGCGGCGAACCAAUCUGGGACCUUACGUUACCUCAAAAGGAGAGGAUGACCCGGGUCAGCGAAGGCAGAUGAAAGCUCUGUUCAGUGGUGCUCUGCGUCGGAGCAUCGAAUCUGAUAAAAACAUGUUGUACAGUAAGAGGACGGUUCACCGCGGAUGCCACACAGAAGAAACUGUCAAGUCUGAGAGCAGUUCUAUGUCAGACUCAACAUCUCACGACAAUGAAGACUCCUCUCCGAGUGUGGCACCUGAACACCGCUCCUUGUCUCAUCCCCGGCUUGCACCAGGCAGCCCUGACAGCAGGCUCUGUAGGAAGCUGUCCCCUGUGGAAAUCUACUAUGAGAUGAGAACUCGUCGUAACUCUGCCUCAAGCUCUGUUAGCCCAAGUCACUCACUCCCAAGAAGUGCAUCCAAUGUGGAGGGCAGAAGUGUUCCAGCCACGCCUCUAUUGUCCCGCACAGCACCAAUCAGCGUUCACGUGAGGCCAGAGAUGCCUGGUGGUAUUGCUCUUAAGCAGUGGUGUGGCAGUCCAGAUGUUCCUCAGUUUGUACCGUUAGCAUCUUUGGAGGGCUCCUCAUCUGAACGUCGCAGCUGCCCCUACAGCUCCCGCGCUCGCCGUAGCAACAGCUCUGAAGCACUGCUCGACCGUUCCAGUGUCCCCGAACCUGGACCUCCCCGUAGCGGCAUGCCACCCCGAGCUGGACCAUACAAGAGCUCCGAGUCCCUCACGGAUGGCAAACUCCGUCAGAUGUAUCAAGGCAGCCCAGAGAGGCAGAUGAUGGGAUUUAAAGAGCAGGGUAGAAUGCGCUCCUCUCUCGGCGGCCAAAGCAGUGGCACUGGAUACAAUGAAAUUUUGAUGGACUACAUUUGGGGAAAGCAACAGAAGAGGCCCGUACAGCCUCAGCCGAACCAAUCGGUGGGGCGAAUCUGGCCAGAUUUUUCCACCGCUCCAUCGGGUACCCCACCUCACUACAAUGGGUUCUCCCACUCGCAGUUACACCUGGCUGCUGCUCCACCUUCGUAUAGUCCCAUGGUACUGCGGGGCCAAGAGGCGGAGCCACGUCGGGUCAAAGUGACACGGACAAAAUCUUGCGGACCCUUUAUCCCUUUACAGCCGCACCAACAUGACACUUUGUUGUUCUCUGCUUACGAUCUGUCGCACCCCUCUUCUGGGUCCACCACUUCUUCGAUUCCCAACCUGUUGCCCCAUCACGCAGACCUAACCACUGCUGCAGCUUUCGGACGCAGACCCCCGCAAUUCUCUCUGCCCACCCCAGAGGACUCCACCCGCAGUCUGCACAAGGCACUGGCUCUGGAGGGGCUUCGGGACUGGUAUCUGAGGAACGCUUUGGGUUAUUCCACUACGGCCAAAGGUCAUGAUGGACUUGGCAUGAGGCACUCGCAAACUCACCACCUGGUGCACCAGCCUCAGUCCAUUGCAGCCGACCCACUUUAUUCACACCGUCAAAUACCUCAGUCAGCAUCAUUUCAUGGGCAUCCCUUGCAUGCUAGGUCCGUGGAACUCUCUCUCUACCCAGAGCCUUUCCCCUCUGAAGGAAGCACUGAGAAAGAGUCGGGUUCGGAGCCCCCUUCACCCGGAACGCUGGUCUGACUGGCAGCCAAAUUAUCCCAGCAUCUCUAAUGAGCAUUGCAUCUUCUUCUAGGGAUGCACCGGUCUGGUAUUGUCCUCAGUAUGCACCAUUAAAAGGCUCUGAUACCAAAAACCCGUAUAUGCAUCUUAUAUGAUUUGUAGCAUUAUUGUUGAAACGCACAAAAAAGUCAUGUGAUACACCAAACAAUGCUCAGCAAAAGCUCUAUGCAUAAUUUAUGUAUUGGCAUGUCUAAAUGUAUGUUCAAAGGCAGAUCAUUCUAGCGUCAAUCAUUAAGCCCAUUGCACAUUGAGUCCGAAAUUUGCGUCCGAAAUUUCCGCAUGUUAAGAAAUGAAUACGACCUCAUGUUGCGUCAAUCACAUUUACGCACUGGCUCUGAUAUUUUAGUAAGUCAUAAAAAAAUUUGGACCGGGUUCGAUUUUCUGCGUUUUAGCACCCGUCAAACAUUUUGAGUGGCCUUUUUAGCAAUUCAGAGACAACGUACAAACGAGAGCCAAUUAGGAAAAAAAGCAUACGAAAAUUACGGACUGUAUGUGCAAAGACCUUUACACAAGCAUAUAGAAUGGUGUAUAAAAUUGGAUAGUGAACAAAAUUUCGAAAAUAUGAGGUUCUUUUGUCUCUUGUUGCAUUGUCAGUAUAAAUGGGCUUAAAAACUGUUUUUUGUUUUUUUUUAGAUGUACAAUCAUACAUAAUAAGGUCUGAUAUAAUUCCUAUUUUUUUGCAUAUACUUUGACAAUACAUGGUUAAACUGAAGUAAAUAAUGUUUAGAUUUCAUGAUGCCAGCUCAUUGAUGAUCAGCUAUUAUUUACAGAUAAUCAAAAAUCUCAACAAGUGUUUUUUAUCAACGGGUACCAAAAUAAUUGUCAAUUGUACUCUUUCUGAUGGUAUCGGUGCAUCCCUAUCAAAAGAAGAGGCAUCUUUAAACAAUUCAUGCAAUCAUUGUGUUGGCGGUGAUAAAUCUAAAAGCUGCAUUCGAUUGUAAACCUGUCUGUCAGGAGGGUGUUUUCCUCAUACUCUGUGUACGUAUUCCUGAAAGUAAUUGUAUUGUAGAGGUACAUUUUCAGAACAAAAUAUACAUUUCAUUUACUCUGCUUCAUCCUGAGAUAUAUAAAUAUAUUUUCAGAGAACAAAAUAGAUUAUAAAAUGUACUAAUUACUAUUUUGUAACUAAUAUGGUUCAGGUUAAUACUCAAUUAUAUAUGAUCAGAUUUUCAUGCAUUUAAAUGUACUAUUACAGCAGUGAAUGUGUUACAUACCUAUUUGUUUAUAUCUCUAUAUAUAUCUAUAUGUAGCUAUGAAGAGUAUGAUAAAAGUAUUUCAUAUAGAGGACUUUGAAGUGAGGGUAAGAUUGUAGAAGUGUUUGAGAUGGCUGAAAUCUCGAUUACUCAAUGAAGUUUACACUGGUUGUGUGAAAUAAGUUUGAACGAUAUUACAGCUUUUAAUACAAAUUAUGCCGUGUCAUUACAACCUCAGUUUACAUGAGACUGUUGACGUACACAUUUUGGGAUCCUGAACUUUGAAAUGAUUUGAAGAAAAAAAAAAUAUGCAUGGCAAAAUAAUGCAUCAUGAAUUCCUGUAAAGCCUAAAUAAUGCUGUUAUGAUUUGUGCUCCGUUCAUUCUGAUUUUUUUAUUUGUUUGGAUGGCAAGUAUUUAGUUAUUUAAAAACAUUCAGUAUCUUUGGUGUAUCCAGACAUUCCAGUAUCUUUUUUUUUUUGCAUCGUUUAGUCGCAACCGACUCCUUUAAUACAUAUUCUAGAAUAUUGUAGAAAUGUUAUCUUAGUGUUGACUGUGGGAUACAUAAAAGUAGCAUAAGCUGGCCUUAUGUUUGCUCUGUAUGUGAGGUGAAAUACCUUCAGUCUAAACUGUUCAGUGUGUAAUCAUACUGUUCACCAGUUAGUUCAGAAAUGAUUAUUGUAACAGUUUUUAACUCGAAAGAUUUGCUUUUCUUUUGUUUUGUUUUAAAAUACAGUCUCUUUGCUGUAUAGACGGUUUCAAAGCAACUACACAAACAAACGUCACUACAUAUGCGUGCUUUUGUGGCCUGAAAGUAAUUGUCACAAUACACACAAAAAAUUGUUUCUGCAGAAUAUUUCUGAAAACGAGCAAAAGAAACUGAGAAGAGUCCACGAUGCUUGGCUAAACUAGCCUUGCCAAUAUUUUUAAUUUAGACUGCAAUACCACGUUCAACCGCUAGACGUCAAUGGGGUUUCUUCAAAUAUGACAGGAGUAAAUAUACAAUAAAAUUAAUUAUAAUUAAUAAAUGAAUAUAAAUAUAAUAUAUGAAUAUAUUAUUCAUAUAAAUAGUUACAUGAUUAGCCACUAGCCAGACCAAUAAACAAACAUUGACAGGAAGUUAACCUCGGGCCAGGCGCAAUGAAACUGUCUAUACAUGCUAUAUCACUAACCCAUGACUUGCUAAACUAAAGUUUAUUAUUGUUAAUAAGUUUCAAAGUUUCUGAUGAAUUCCCUUGAGAGGUACCUGUAUGAAUGUUUUGUUGUUAACUUAUUUACAGUUUCAAGUGAUUGUAGAUUGUAGGCUGCCUUUUGCCUCUUCAGCCUGUUGUGAUGAAUAUUAUUGCAGAUGGUAUGGCCUUCGGACUUCGAUGGUUUAGGUUUCUUUUUAAUACUUGGUUAAUUAAAAUUGGUUAAGAAAUGGUUAUUAGUAAUUGGUGUGUAGUUUCUACUCUUCAACUUGCAGGUUUGUGAGGUGCCUCCAGCUGGUAUCUGAACUCAUGACCAAACAGCUGUGUAUUGCUAGUCUCUGUUAGUGUAUUUUGGUGACUUAAAUGUCUGUACUGUAAUUGUAAAUAUAAAAACAUAUAUGUAGCAACUUGAAUAAAACGAUAUAUAUUGUA